AUGCCAGAUUUAGUGAUGAAGAACAUUUUGGAAAAGUGUGAAAUUCGAUCCAUUUUCUCCCUCCGCAAAGUGACCCACAACUUCCGAGCCUUCAUCGACGAUUUGUCUCCAGAUUCUCGUCUGAAAAUUCUCGAAUUUUCUAUGGAUUCUCCAGAAACCAUAUCCGUCAGAUACACAUUUUUCAAUGGACCAAUGUAUCUUAUCACCUAUAAAAAAGACGGUGAAAACUGCAAAAUUUCACUGAAUUAUGGAAUUAAAAAAGUGGAAAAGGAGCUGGAAAAUCAAGAUUUUUUGGCUAUUUUUCUGAAAGAUUUGGAAUUUCUUUUCAAGUUUCAAAAGUCGAAAAUGGACUAUUGCUCAUUUCAAUGUUCGGAAUCUCAGAAGAUUCUAGAAUCCAUCGUAGAAAUUCUAAAAUCAAGAAAUCGCCUACUAAAAGUGAAAAAUAUCAGUAUUUCUGUGCCAACCCCUGAAAAUGUGCUUUCAAUUCUACCGUACCUGGCUUCUGGAACCCUGGAAACCAUUGGAUUUUCAAAUCCCAAAAUUCGAAAUUCACUGGAUAUUCAAAAAAUCGAAGAGCUAGAUCAAUGGAAAAACGCCAAAAAUCUUUAUGCUUCCGAACAUUUUUUGGGGGGUGGAAAUGCUCGAAAAUUUGCUCAUUUUGAUCGAGGAGCAGUUUUUAUGAGACAAGUUUUUGCUGAUGAUCUGAUAUUUUUGAAAAAUAGUUUCCAAUCGUCCCUUGCCUUCAAAAGCUUCCUUCUGCGAUUCUUGGAAUUCAGUGAUGAACAAAGGCUGAUUGAUGCUUUGGGACAGCCCACAACCCAAACAGAGGAUGGAGAUAAUUGGUGGAAAUUCGAGUAUCCCGGCAGCGACGAUCUUUUUACUGUUUUUCUGACCAAAGACAAUAUUUUCUUCCGACAUUUGUAUUGA